UUUAAUACCCUUGAGAAAAGUAUACAUAAGCAAGUGAACAAGCAAGCGAACAAGCAAGAAAGCAGAUAGACAAAGACAUUCUUCUUUCUCUUCUUUAUCCACCUAGUGUCUUUGUUGUUGUAUUAUGAUGAUUACAGCAAGACUAGGAAGAAUUGUUCUUCUUAUUGUCUUGCCUCUCACGCUACUUGUCAGUUUCCUUUUACUGGCUCACCAUAACGGUUCCAUCUCUCGGUUUUCGUCUUCUUACUCUUCGUCAUCACAAACCAGCUCGCAUUCAAAACCAAAACCGAAUCUGAAUGGGACUCGUGAGAAUGCCGCGUUUGUUGUCCUGGUCCGGAACUCUGAACUCAAUGGUCUUCGCGAGACUCUCCAGAACGCAGAAGACCGGUUCAACAGAAAAUACAAUUACCCUUGGGUCUUUUUAAACGACGAACCAUUCACCGAUCAAUUCAAGGAAUGGACUGCCGGCCUGGUGUCGGGCGAGACGUUUUACGGCAUACUCGACCAACAGUCCUGGGGAUAUCCAGACUGGGUUGAUCAGGAAAAGGCACGCCUGGCAAGAGAGGACAUGGCAAACCGGAACAUCAUCUAUGGUGGAAGCGAGUCUUAUCGCCACAUGUGUCGCUUCCAGAGCGGUUUCUUUUUCCGUCAUCCGUUGCUUGCAAAAUAUGAUUACUACUGGCGAGUUGAACCAAAUGUCAAGUUCUACUGUGAUGUCGACUAUGACCCGUUCCAAGUGAUGAGAGAAAGAGACUUGAAAUACGGAUGGACUUUGUCAAUCAAAGAGUACGCAGAAACGAUUCCUACUCUUUGGUCAACCGUAAAGAGCUUUAUGGCUGAGCACCCUGAACACAUUGUUCCAAAGGGUAGCCCAGAGAGUCUGAUGGAUUGGAUUACGGAUGAUGGCGGGGAGACAUACAAUCUGUGCCACUUUUGGAGCAAUUUUGAGAUCGGGUCUAUCAAGUGGCUCAAUUCAAAGGCGUACAUUGAUUACUUUGAGGCCCUGGACAAGUCGGGUGGGUUCUUUUAUGAAAGGUGGGGAGAUGCUCCGGUGCACAGUAUUGCGGCGGCCUUGAUGCUCAAGAAGUCAGAGGUCCACUGGUUUUAUGACAUUGGGUACUUUCACAAUCCGUACAGCCAGUGUCCCCGUGAGCCUGCAUGGUUGGCGGCCGAGAAGUGUUCUUGUGAUCCUCAAGAAAGUUUCGACACUCAUUGGUACAGCUGUACACCCCAGUUCCUCAAAGUGACUGGAAAGAAACCCACAGACUUUCUUAUCACCGAACGUUGAGAGAUUUUGCUUUGGCUUCAUUCGACUCGAUUAAAACAAAAAUCCCAAAUCCCAUACAACACAGCACAAGUUAUAUUGCAUUAUAUUAUAUUAUAUACGAUACACUUGCUUGUGGAAUGCAUUUCUAAUUUUUUCCUACUCGCCUUCAUAAUAUCAUUAGCUGUUUUCUAUUUGUUCCUCUGUACAUCUGUCUUUUCUCUAUUUCCAUGUGUAAUAUAUAAUGUGUAUAGUGAGUAGAGAUGCGUAGAAUGUGUAAUAUGUAUGCUCUUAUUUUAUUUAUUCGUUUUUUAUAUAUAUAUUUCUCCUCUUCUUCUGCUUGAUACUCACAAGAACACCCCCCAAAUUAAAAGUGAAAUUGAAAGAAGAUAAAAAAAUAUAUAUAAAAACC